AUGGCUGCGGUUCCAGAUGUCACGAGCCUCAAUGACAACGAAGUCUCAGAGCACUCACCGUUGCUUGCCUCCUCCCCUGCAGUCCUCACUUCCGUGAGCGCUAGUGACCACUACCACCGCCACCAUAGGUACCGAGACAUGAAGGAAGUGAGAUACAUUUUUCGCCUCGGCCUUUUGAUUAUCUUUUUAGUCGCUAGCUCGCAGUUCCUCCUCAUAGCGCCAAUCACACAACUGAAGGAGCUAGCCAUUUGCAAAUCCUAUUACAGGGCACGCUGGGAGCCACUGAGCAAUUGCAAGGCCGAACCCAUUCAGAGCGCGUUGGCGUCAUUGAUAGGCUGGCAGCAGCUUCUGGAUUGUUUCCCAGGCAUCUUCUAUGGCUCCCUUGCCGACCACUAUGGCCGUCGUCUGGUUCUGGUAUUGUCAUUAUUAGGGAUGUCAUUUGGUGCUAUAUGGAUUCAGGUUGUUUUAUUCUGGUCGGAGAAGCUGCCAAUCGAAUUGACUUGGAUUUCCGCCGCUUUCUACUUGGUAGGAGGAGGUCAGGUGGUUGGGGGUUCCAUGAUUUUUGUAGUCGUUUCAGAUAUCUCAAGCGAUGAAGAGAGCGCGCAGACCAAAGAUCUAUGGCUCCUUCGAGCAAGUACCUUUUCCAUGGCCUUGGGCUCCUUUGCUAUCGGACUAGCCCCUAACGCUAUAUUUGUGGUCAUCGGCAUCACGUUAUUUGCUCUCGGCCAUGGGUUCACCCCUAUUCUCCUGAGUCUGGCUUCUACUCUCGUUGAUUCAGCUCAUGUUGGGAUGCUGUACAAUGUGCUUGCCCGAAUUUUCCAUGAUCCUCGCAUCACAACGAAGUUGAAUGAUUACAUGCGCCGCAUUUUCGAAGCAGCGUGA